CCCAUGCACAAAUUUCAUGCACUGGGCCUCUAGUAGUUAAUAACACUGUAUUGUAUAAUUAAAAUUUGCUAAGGGCAUAGAACUUAAAUAUUCUCACCCUCCAAAAAAAUAAUAGGUGAUGGAUGUGUUAAUGAACUAGAUGGGAGGAAUACUUUUCACAAUAUGAUAUAUACCUAUAUCAAAUUACAAUGUACACUUAAAUAUCUUACAAUGUUAUUUGUCAGUUAUACCUCAGUACAGCUGAAAAGUAAUCAUUGACCUGGGUGUAGACACAGAGCUUUAGAAAUGGGCAUGUGUUGUAGGUCAAUAGUGUCUCCCAAAAUUAUGUUUAAAUCCUAACCCCUAGUACCUCAGAAUAUGACCUUAUUUGGGGAUAAGAUAUUUACAGUUAAAAUGAAGUCAUUAGAGUGGGCCCUAAUUAAGUAUAAGCAGUGUUUUCAUAAAAAGAGGAAAUUUGGAGACCAGCAGAGUGGGAGAAGGCCUUGUGGAGAUGAAGGCAGAGAUUACAAACCUAGGAACCCCAGAGAUUCCCAGCAAACUACUAGAAGCCAGGGAGAGGCCUAGAACAGAUUCUCCCUCACAGCCCUCAGAAGGAACCAGCCCUGCUGACACCUUUAUUUUGGACUUCUAGCCCCCAGAACUGUGUUCAUAUGUCUAUAUAUCUAUAUCCACCAGUGUCUACUUUGUGCAUCAAAGGAUUGUGCUUAUAUAAAUCAUUAUUUAGAAAGUCUCUAUACCUUGAAUUAAAACACAGAAAUACUGGGAUCGGUAGGGACAGUAUUCAUUUUAUUAACUGGACAAUGUAUGAGGUUGGUAGUUUAAUCAACUGAUUACUCUUUUUGGUUGUAAUCAAGUUGACUCCAAAUUGGCUGCCUUUCUCAAGUGCAAAUUCUCAUCACUUGGGAACUUCAAGUGGAAGAUUUUGUUCAAGUCUCUGCAGGUGCCUUUGCUGCUGCUUGCCGAUCAGAAGGUGUCUUUGCACUUGGAAAAUGGGAUGUGUGAUUUCCUCAUGCUGAGGAAAGUGAAAGCUUAGAUGAGCUAUUCAACUACUUCCCUGCGAAUGCCAUGUCAGUGGGACGGGGUGAAGGAUUACAUUGUGGAGAAUUUUGAAGCUAAAUAUAAUCAGGCAACACCUCUGUCUUUUGAAGAAGCUGAUGGCCAGGUGCUUUAAUCAACUUGAAUAUUAGUUUGAGUGAAUUAAAAACUCUCACAGCAUUUUGGCUGGUCCUUAAUGACGUCAGCCCACUUGGUUGAAUGUCUCUUCUUCAUUUCCACUAGCGACAGCCUUCUCUGUCUUAGAUGGUAACCUCCUUCCUGGCAAUGAGCCCACCUAGUAAUGUCUUAUGUAUGGCAUUUAAUGGGCUGCCACAUCCAAAGAAGGGCCCAAUUGUUUUAAAUACAAACAAUGAGAUAAUUUGGUAGGGAGGUUUUUUGGAUGAGCACUGAGGACUUUAUACCUCUGAGUUUGUAUGCUUUACUAAUCUCAUUUAAAUAUGUAAACCACUUGCUAACUUGGGGUUUCCUCCUGGUGUCAGGUUCUCCCUUGCUAUGGACUCCAGUCAGGAGGGACUAACCAAACCUACUGGCAUCCAGCAGGAAAUAAUUUGGAAUCAGGGCUGUUUUAAUUUUGCAGGUUCUUGCAGCCUCUCUUCACCUUGCAAGGCAGUGAGGUGCAAAUUGAUGGAAUGAAAUGUCCAAGGCCCUAGACAAGAGAAGAAUAUAGGCACUGGUUUGUUCCUGAAAAUCAACAUCUCGGUGUAAACUUUUUAUUAGAUCUUUUCAUAUUUGCUUUGAAAGACAACUGUGUGAAGAUGGCUUGGAAGACUUACGGGAACCAUUGUGACAUUUGGUGUUGACCGAAAUUUAUGCGCAAAUGUACUCAUAUGGGGUAGCAGUGCGAGUUCUAGGAUAAAUUACCAGCUUUAGGUCCAUUUUAUUGUUUUAAAUUGUUAGCCUAGAUUUUGUUACAUUAAACUCACAUUUAAAAAUUUUAUGUACGAGAUGACACUUCCCUUAUUUCCUACUCUAGACAAGCAGAAUACAUCUUGGGAAAGCAGUUACUUUAGGGAAAAGGGAAAUGGGCUCUGCUCUGGUCAUCUGAGCAUCAUUUCAGCCCUCCCCAACCCUCCUUCAAUCUCCUCUACAUAGUUAGGAGUGGGCCAGUGAUGAAUAUGCAUGUGUCACACACCUGUGACCGAGAGAUCCUCCAUCAAGAAAUGGCAGAGUAUCAGUUACUUGAAACGGAUGACCGGUGGCAGCUGCUGUCUGUGGCUCACCGGGCGCCCUGCCCUGCGCUGACAGCUGCACAUCACAUCCUGCCAUCACACCACCUCUGCCACCUCCAUCCACAGAAGGGGCUGAGCCUGCUGGCAUCACUUCCUGGGCAGUUUGCUCCUGAGGAGUCUUUGUGAUACUCUUCUUCAGCAGUCCCCACCCUUGUUUGCUGAAGACUUUCACCAAAGCUGCUCUCAGCUGUUGGCAUCAUCCUGAGAAAAAGACAGCUUCAAAAAUCAGGGAAACGUUCAGGAAACCCUUGGCCCAGCAGAUCUUCCAAAGCCCACAGAGCAAUACUAAGAAGACAUUUGGUUUUAAGUAUUAAAAAGAAGAACAAAGUAUUCAGACCUUCAAAGUUUCCUGCAUGAAAAUUAUUUAGACAUUGCACACACAUCUUUUGUGAGAGAAGAAAAGGAAAUUCAGCUUGUGGGUCUCAGCAGGAGUUAAGCUAAUGCAGCUGGAAAUAAUGCCGAAAAAGAAGCGCUUAUCUGCAGGCAGAGUGCCCCUGAUUCUCUUCCUGUGCCAGAUGAUUAGUGCACUGGACGUGCCUCUCGAUUUGGUACAACCUCCAACCAUCACUCAACAGUCUCCAAAAGAUUACAUUGUUGACCCUCGAGAGAAUAUUGUAAUCCAAUGUGAGGCCAAAGGGAAGCCUCCUCCCAGCUUCUCCUGGACCCGAAAUGGGACUCAUUUUGACAUAGAUAAAGACCCUCUCGUCACCAUGAAGGCUGGCUCAGGAACCCUCAUAAUUAACAUUAUGGGUGAAGGAAAAGCGGAGACCUACGAAGGAGUCUAUCAGUGUACAGCCAGGAACGAACGUGGAGCUGCAAUUUCUAAUAACAUCGUUGUUCGUCCAUCCAGGUCACCAUUGUGGACCAAAGAAAAACUUGAACCAAUCACACUUCGAAGUGGCCAGUCUUUGGUACUUCCCUGCAGACCUCCCAUUGGAUUACCACCAGCUAUAAUAUUCUGGAUGGAUAAUUCCUUUCAAAGACUUCCACAGAGCGAGAGGGUUUCCCAGGGUCUGAAUGGAGACCUUUAUUUUUCCAAUGUUCUCCCAGAGGAUUCCCGAGAAGACUACAUCUGUUACGCCAGAUUUAACCACACUCAAACCAUACAGCAGAAGCAACCUAUUUCUGUGAAGGUGGUUUUAGUGGAUGAAUUGAAUGACACUAUAGCUGCUAAUUUGAGUGACACUGAGGUUUAUGGUGCUAAAUCAAGUAGAGAGAGGCCACCAACAUUUUUAACUCCACAAGGCAAUGCAAGUAACAAAGAGGAAUUAAGAGGGAAUGUUCUUUCGUUAGAGUGCAUUGCAGAAGGACUGCCUACCCCAAUCAUUUACUGGAUAAAAGAAGAUGGAACACUACCCAUCAACCGGACAUUUUAUAGGAACUUUCAGAAAACUCUGCAGAUCACUCAGGUUUCAGAAGCAGACUCGGGGAAGUACCAGUGUAUAGCCAAAAAUGCAUUAGGAGUCAUCCAUCACACCAUUUCUGUCACAGUGAAAGCGGCUCCAUACUGGAUCAUGGCACCUCAGAAUCUUGUGCUGUCCCCAGGAGAGGACGGGGCCCUGAUCUGCAGAGCUAGCGGCAACCCCAAGCCCAGAAUUAGCUGGUUGUCGAAUGGAGUCCCAAUAGAAAUUGCCCCUGAUGACCCCAGCAGAAAAAUAAAUGGAGAUACCAUUAUUUUCUCAAGUGUUCAAGAAAGAUCCAGUGCUGUGUAUCAGUGCAAUGCCUCUAAUGAAUAUGGAUAUUUGCUGGGAAAUGCAUUUGUAAAUGUGCUGGCUGAGCCACCACGCAUCCUUACAUCUGAAAACACACUCUAUCAGGUCAUUGCAAACAGGCCCGCUCUACUAGACUGUGCCUUCUUUGGGUCUCCUCUACCUACCAUUGAGUGGUUCAAAGGAACUAAAGGUAGUGCUCUUCGUGAAGACACUUACGUUUUACAUGAAAAUGGAACUUUGGAAAUUCCUGUGGCCCAAAAGGACAGCACAGGAACUUACACAUGUGUUGCAAGGAAUACGUUAGGAAUGGCAAGGAAUGAAGUUCACUUAGAAAUCAAAGAUCCUACGAGGAUCAUUAAACAGCCUGAAUAUGCAGUUGUGCAAAGAGGGAGGACAGUGUCCUUUGAUUGCCAAGUGAAACACGAUCAUACCUUGAUCCCUACUGUCAUCUGGCUGAAGGACAACGGUGAGCUGCCCAGUGACGGAAGGUUCACUGUUGACAAGGACCAGUUGGUGGUAGCUGAUGUAAGUGACAGUGAUGGUGGGACCUACACGUGUGUGGCCAACACAACUCUGGACGAUGUUUCCGCCAGUGCUGUGCUUAGCGUUGUCGAUGUCCCAAAUCCUCCCUUUGAUUUAGAAUUGACAGAUCAACUCGACAAAAGUGUUCAGCUGUCAUGGACCCCAGGCGAUGCCAACAACAGCCCUAUUACAAUCCAGCUGAAGCUGUCUCCAUACGUGAACUACUCCUUCCGAGUGAUGGCAGAGAACAGCCUGGGAAGGAGCUUCCGACCGACGCGUCUGACAGUAUUUGCCAAAGCUGCAGAACCAGAUAAAAAUCCCAUGACUGUGGAAGGACUAGGAUCAGAGCCCGAUAAUUUGGUGAUUACGUGGCAGCCCUUGAAUGGUUUUGAAUCAAAUGGGCCAGGCCUUCAGUACAAAGUGAGCUGGCGCCAGAAAGAUGGUGAUGAUGAAUGGACGUCUGUGGUGGUAGCAAAUGUAUCCAAAUAUAUUGUCUCGGGCACGCCAACCUUUGUUCCCUACCUGAUCAAAGUCCAGGCUCUGAAUGAUGUGGGGUUUGCUCCAGAGCCAGCUGUCGUUAUGGGACAUUCUGGAGAAGACCUCCCCAUGGUGGCUCCUGGGAAUGUGCAUGUGACCGUGGUGAACAGUACCUUAGCUGAGGUGCACUGGGACCCAGUGCCUCCGAAAAGUGUGCGAGGACACCUGCAAGGCUAUCGGAUUUACUACUGGACGGACCAGAAUUCAUCAAAAAGAAACAGACGUCACAUUGAGAAAAAGAUCCUCACUUUCCAGGGCAGCAAGACCCACGGCAUGUUGCCGGGGCUGGAGCCCUUCAGCCACUACACACUGAACGUCCGCGUGGUCAACGGGAAGGGGGAGGGCCCGGCCAGCCCCGACAGAGUCUUUCAUACGCCGGAAGGAGUUCCCAGUGCCCCGUCCUCCUUGAAGAUUGUUAACCCAACACUAGACUCUCUCACUUUGGAAUGGGAUCCGCCAAGCCACCCGAAUGGCAUUUUGACUGAGUACACGUUAAAAUACCAGCCAAUUAACAGCACCCAUGAAUUAGGCCCACUGGUAGAUUUGAAAAUUCCUGCCAACAAGACACGUUGGACUUUAAAAAAUUUAAAUUUCAGCACUCGGUAUAAGUUUUAUUUCUAUGCACAAACAUCAGCAGGAUCAGGAAGUCAAAUAACAGAGGAAGCAGUAACAACAGUGGAUGAAGCUGGUAUUCUUCCACCUGAUGUAGGUGCAGGCAAAGUUCAAGCAGUAAAUCCCAGGAUCAGCAAACUUACUGUCGCAGCUGCUGAGACCUAUGCCAAUAUCAGUUGGGAAUAUGAGGGACCAGAGCAUGUCAACUUUUAUGUUGAAUAUGGUGUAGCCGGCAGCAAAGAAGAAUGGAGGAAAGAAAUUGUAAAUGGUUCUCGGAGCUUCUUUGGGUUAAAGGGUCUAAUGCCAGGAACAGCAUACAAAGUUCGAGUUGGUGCUGAGGGGGACUCUGGUUUUGUGAGUUCAGAGGAUGUGUUUGAGACAGGCCCAGCAAUGGCAAGCCGACAGGUGGACAUUGCGACUCAAGGCUGGUUCAUUGGUCUCAUGUGUGCUGUCGCUCUCCUGAUCUUAAUUUUGUUGAUCGUUUGCUUCAUCAGAAGAAACAAGGGUGGUAAAUAUCCAGUUAAAGAAAAGGAAGAUGCCCACCCUGAUCCCGAAAUCCAGCCCAUGAAGGAAGACGAUGGCACUUUUGGGGAAUACAGUGAUGCAGAGGACCACAAGCCUUUGAAAAAAGGCAGCCGAACACCGUCAGACAGGACCGUGAAGAAAGAAGACAGUGAUGAUAGCCUUGUUGACUAUGGAGAGGGAGUGAAUGGCCAGUUCAAUGAGGAUGGCUCCUUCAUUGGACAAUACAGUGGUAAGAAAGAGAAAGAGCCAGCUGAAGGAAACGAAAGCUCAGAGGCACCUUCUCCGGUCAACGCCAUGAAUUCCUUUGUUUAAUUUGUAAGCUCUUUGCCAAUAUCCCGUUCCUCUUAGACGGUUUAUCUUAAGCACUUGUCAGGCAGCCUUCUCAUACUGUGAACAUAGAGGCAGAAAGUACACAUUCUACUGUAUGUUAGCACUAUGAGAACAGUUAGAGCAAGAACAUAACUCAGUCAAAUGAUAUGUGAAUGUGAACUGCAGUGCAAAGGGCAUACUUUUUCAUUCACAAUAGGCAUUCUCGAUUUUCUCAGAACUGAGAAAAAUAAUACACAGAUCAUGUUAUUCCCUCUUCAGGAUACAGUUCAAUAUGAUGCAUGAAAAAUGCUGCACAGUUAAAGGACAGACCUGCGUGUGCUAUGAAAACAUGGUUUGAUACUUUGUUUAUACUGUUAUCAGCUGAACCCCCUAAAUAUGAAUUCCGUUUUCAUUGUCAAGAGUGUUACUGUAGUGUUCUCUAGAACUUCAAUGUCUUUGUGGACAUUGCUGUGAAAUUGGUGACUCUGUGUCUAGCUGUUAGUCUUUUUGGGAGACUGUUAGGAACAGGAUGUACAGUAUAUACUUGCUAAAUGAGUUAAUCACGACCGUCGCAUUUGCUGAUGCUUACUGAGACUCUGUUACCUGCUCUUUGCUCUUGUUACCUCGUAGCCUUCUUAAUCUUCCAGGUAUUACAGCAGUACAGUGUUCUACUUUUUACAUCAUCUCUAUGUUCAGUUGUUUUUAGGCAUAAACAAGGUGUAUUGCAAUGCAUUUUGGCAUUAGUGCCAGACAAAAAGAAUCACAGACGAAUCACUCCCAUUCAAUUUCAAAACGUAUUCCAGAAAGCACAGGGCAAGACACAUGCAGUGCCUUCAGACAAGCAUUCCAUAACACAUGGCCUUCUGCAUCGAAGGUACAGUUGACUCAGAGUCCUAGAUUACUGUCAUGGUCUAAAAGUAACUUUUAAACAGCAGAGAUCAUGAAAACUUGCAAUGCUGGGAAAAAAAAGGAAAUGUGAAAAAUAAAAUUAGUAAGACAACUUAUUUUAAGGAGAAUUUCCCCAUCACAUAAAAAGAGAAACAUUAUCACCAACUGGAUACAUGAUGAUUUUGGGGGGAGAAGGGGUCUUUUAUAGUUUCUACUAAAACAAGUCCCAUUCAGUAAGACAGAUGUCAACUUGGUGUAAAUUUUUAAAAACCACAAGUUAUUCCAAAACUAAAAGCAUACAACAGCAUGCCACCAGGAAUAUAUUCUUCUUUAAGUCUCUACCUAUGUGGCAACUUUUGAAACUCUCUGCAUUAAAAGACCUGUAUGCAAACUGCUGUGGACACAUUUCAGAAUCUACAAAACCGGGUAAGUGCUAACAAGGCCCAGAGUCAAGCGGAUUACUAUCUGCAGCUUCAAAACACCCAUAUAUAUGCUACCAUAUUUAUAAACAAUAUCCAUCAAAUGGUUUGCCUCCACAUAGGAAAUUCUAUAACAACCUAUGGUUGAAGGAAUGCUCAGUUUCAUUUGCCAAUAAAUUGGUUUCUCAUAACUUGCAUCAAGUUUAAUUUUAAGUAAAGCUUUUUAUAUGUAGAUAUUUUGUUGAAUUUGUACAUACACUUAAAAUGUAGAUGCUAUAUGCUUAUGGGUGUCACAUACAAAUAAACAUGCAAACAGUGUUUAUGUGGUACUGUAUAAGAAGUUAGCUAAUUAAUACAGUGCAUGGGAUCGGAAAGCAUUUCAAUACCUUUGGGUUUUUAGUUUCCUCUUUUGCUGUGAAACUGAACUAGUGAACUAUCCUACACAUGGACAGUAAGUUUCUAGAUGAACUCCUCCGAGCUUUGCCUGUGGGGAUCAGUAACCUAGUCAUGUGGCAUCUUUGAUACAUGUGGGUAAAGCACAGUUUGAAGCAAUCCCAGGUAAAGGUGGCCCUAAAUGCUUGUGUGUCUCCUCCUCUGCUUUUCACAGACCAGCUUUUCUAAUGGAACCAGGCUUGCCUUGGUAUCAGAGAGCACAAAGAUAAACGUUACUUUAAAUUUGCCAGUGUUUGGGGGGAAACAAUAAGAGUACAGGUUUUACUCUUCCCUAACGGUAGAUGCUAAAUUUAUCUGUGCAUGAAGGGGUCACUUCUGUAAUAGUGCAACAGAUUUUGUAUUAAAAGUUAAAUGUGGUUUUAAAA